UCCCUCCCGCUGCCUCCGCCCCCGGCCCAGGUUGCCAGAGAAGCUCAGCAGCAGGAGGAGCAGGAGCAGGAGCAGCAGGAGGAGCAGGAGCAGGAGCAGGAGUCGCUGGGGAAAGCAGCCACCACAGCAGCCCCGGCACCGGCACCAGCACCGGCACCAGCACCGGCACCGACGGCGGCUCGGGCUCCGGCUCCGGCAGCGACCAGCAGAGCGCAGCGGCCCCGCAGCUGCAGCGCGCGGCCUGGGGGCCCGGCCCGGCCCGUCCCACCGGGCGGCGGACGCUGCGCUCGCCCGAGCUCUGGUUCUGCCCGCCCGGCUCCCGGGCCCGGCCCGCGCACCAUGGCUCCCUGGCUGCAGCUCUGCUCUUUCCUCUUCACCGUCAACGCCUGCCUGAACGGCUCCCGGCUGGCCGUGGCCGCCGGGCCCGGCAGGAGAGGGUCGCCCGGGGACACCUGCGGCUGGAGGGGAGUGGUACCUGUCAGCAGGAACAGCGGACUGCCUAAUGUCACCUUUAAAUAUGACAACUGUACAACUUACUUGAAUCCAGUGGGGAAACACGUGAUUGCCGACGUGCAGAACAUCACCAUCAGCCAGUACGCCUGCUACGACCAGGUGGCUGUCACAGUGCUUUGGACCGCGGGCGCGCUGGGCAUCGAAUUCCUAAAAGGAUUUCGGGUGAUCCUGGAGGAGCUGAAAUCCGAGGGUCGCCAGUGCCAGCAGAUGCUCCUGAAGGACCCCAAGCAGCUCAACAGUAGUUUCAAAAGAACCAGCAUGGAAUCGCAGCCUUUUCUGAAUAUGAAGUUUGAAACCGAUUACUUUGUCAAGAUCGUCCCCUUUCCUUCCAUUAAAAAUGAAAGUAAUUACCAUCCCUUCUUCUUCCGGACGCGACCGUGUGAACUGUUGCUCCAGCCGGACAACCUGGCCUGCAAACCCUUUUGGAAGCCCCGGAACCUCAACAUCACCCAGCAGGGGCUCAAUAUGCAGGUGUCCUUCGACCACGCCCCCCACAAUUUUGGGUUCCGCUUCUACUACCUCCACUACAAGCUCAAGCACCAAGGGCCCUUCAAGCGCAAGACGUGCAGGCAGGAACAAAAUACGGAGAUAACCAGCUGCACUCUUCAGAAUGUCUCUCCAGGGGAUUAUAUAAUUGAGCUUGUGGAUGACACGAAUACAACCAGAAAAAUGAUGCAUUAUGCCUUAAAGCCAGUGCAUUCUCCCUGGGCCGGGCCCAUCCGGGCCAUCGCUAUCACGGUCCCGUUGGUCGUUAUCUCUGCCUUUGCAACGCUCUUCACCGUGAUGUGUCGCAAGAAGCAGCAAGAAAAUAUAUAUUCACAUUUAGAUGAGGAGAGCUCGGAGUCCUCCACGUACACGACCGCGGCCCCGGGGGAGAGGCUCCAUCCUCGGCCCAAAGUGUUCAUCUGCUACUCCAGCAAGGACUGCCAGAAGCACAUGACCGUCAUCCAGUGCUUUGCCUACUUCCUCCAGGACUUCUGUGGCUGCGAGGUGGCCCUGGACCUCUGGGAGGACUUCCGGCCGGGCCGCGAGGGCCACAAGGAGUGGGCGGCGCAGAAGCUCCGCGAGGCGCACUUCGUCAUCGUCGUGUGCUCCAAGGGCAUGAAGUACUUCGUGGAGAAGUGGGGCUGCCGGCCGCGGGCGGGGCGGCGCGGGGAGGCCGAAGGGGGCGAGCCCUUCGUGGCGGCCGUGGCGGCCGUGGCGGCGCGCCUGCGCCAGGCCCGCCAGAGCCCGGCCGAGCGGGCCAAGUACAUCGCCGUCUACUUCGACUACUCGUGCGAGGGCGACGUGCCGGCCGUGCUGGACCUGAGCGCCAAGUACAAGCUCAUGGACCAGCUGCCCCAGCUCUGCUCCCACCUGCACUCGCGGCAAGGGGGCGCCCCGGAGGCCGGCGCGCCCAGCAAGAGGAAUUACUUCCGGAGCAAGGCCGGCCGCGCCCUCUACGUGGCCAUCUGCAACAUGCACCAGCUCAUCGCGCGGGAGCCCGACUGGUUCGAGAAGCAGCUGCUGCCCUUCCCGCCCCCCGCGCCGCACUUCCCCGAGCCCGCCACGGCCGAGUUCGACUCGGGCCUGGCGCUCCACGAGGCGGCGGGCAGGCCGGCGGCCGAGGGCGCCCCCUACCCGAAGGCGGAGGGCGCCGAGUCCCUGCCCCGGCUGAGCCUGGAGGAAGACGCGGACGCCCGGGGCGGCCCCGACGGCAGCUGCGUCCUGCGGCCCCUGCUGCACGCCGCCAAGGCGGCCGCGCCCCCCGACGUGCCCCGGGACUCGGGCAUCUACGACUCCUCCGGGCCGUCCUCGGAGCUCUCCCUGCCCCUCAUGGAAGGGCUCCUGCUAGACCCGACGGAGACCUCGUCCCUCGCCGGGAGCCUCUCCUCCUCCUCGGGCUUAGGUGAAGAGGAGCCCCCCAUCCUCCCUUCCAAGUGCCUCGAUUCCGGAGCGUGUAAAGCUGGACUCAGUGGGCACAGCUUCACCGAUGAACUCCCGGUGGUUGGCCCGUUAUAACCCUCCCGAGGUUUCUAAUGCAUUUGCCACUUUAGCGACGACGGACAGCGCCUGUAUGUCAGCCCCCUGCCCCGCUCCCUGCCCCCUCGCCUACUUGAAGGAACGAAAACCCCAAGUCGGGAUGUGUCGAGGGAGCCGUUGGCCAGUGCUAGUCCCCCUCCUUCCACCCUUGGGUUCGGUAAGACCCCUCAUCCACAGACUCUACCGAGAGCUUCGCCGGGGAACCCAGAAGCGCAGGAUGCCCCUUCCCCACUUUAACUCUCCUUUGUCCACGUUCACACAUCCCCACCAUUUUAUGCUUAUCACCCAUCCUUGCGUCUCCAACGCGGCAUAAGGAAGGAGGUGUUGGAAAAGAAACGGCAUUCAGGGAGGGAGAGAAAUCGGGCUCCGAAUUCUUUACGCUUCUAGAGCCAUUGGGCUGGAUUUAGCAAAAACAGAAAGAUGUGGAUUUUCACUUGAAAUGACUGAUGCGAGAAAAACUUUAAUGGAAUUAUAGACACGGGUUUUUUCUGUGUCUAGCAUGAUUACUCAGUCUCUGGAAAAUGUUUAUUUGAAGAAAGGUACGGGAGUCUUCACUUAUGUAAUCACAGACACACACACACACAUAAACACACAAUCUUGUAAAAAUGUAAUCUGGAAAGGGAAUACAGUUUAGCAGAAUUUAUUCUUGAGUGUGGAGUCUGGGGGCCUGGAUUCACGGUCACUAACUGCCCGUGUGACCCAUAGUCCCUACUCUGCACUUCAGUCCUUGUAUGUGAGUUAGAUUAGAUGGCUCCUGAAACCUCUCCCCCAGUCAUAGAUCUGUGACUUUAUGAGAUUGAGAAGCACUCAGAAAUGUGUGUCAGGAACUUGUACGUGACCAUCCUCUAAGUUUCCCUUCAAUCCGUGAUUCAUUUGUGAUUCCACUAAGUGAAAGGUCAUGUGGACAUGUGUUUGUUUUAUUGAGAUGGCAGUCUCGAAGUUGGAAGGGCCUCAGAGGUCCCAUAAUGCAACCCUUUAUGGACCCAAGUUUAGUUCUACUGUUUUCUCAACAAGACCUCAUCCAUCUGGUCUUCCUGCAGACCACUAGUGAGAGGGAGCCCACCACCUCCCACAGCAGCCUACCCCACGUUAGGUCAGCUCUAGAUCUCAGCAAACUUUUCUUGGCUUCAAACCCAAGUCCUCCUCUCUACUAGGGGGCAAAGCUAAUCCCUCUUCUCCAGGACGACCCUUCCUGUGCUCAGACAGCCUGGAUUUCCUUCUCUCUGGAUUUAGCCUCUUCAUUUCCUCUGACCCAUCCUUGUAUGGCGUGAUCUCGGGCCUUCUCAUCUCUGGGCUGCCCCCUUGUGUCUGCCGGUCCAUGUCCUUCCUCGGAAGGGAACCCUUAAGAGCGGGUAUUCUCUCAGCAGAGCACAGGAGGCACUAGCCUCCUUCACACAGUCCGGGAGAGCAUUUGCUUGUCUUGUUCCGAUGUCAUGUUGUUAACUCAUGCUCCCUGGAUCUCUUUCACCAAAACCAUUUCUUGUCUCAUCUUAGCUCAUUAUCUUGGGCUCAGGAAGCUGUUUUUUUCAGUUACUAUCCAACUUUAUCUCUAAUCAUUUUUCACUUAUUUGGAUCAGCCCAUCCGUUGUUCCAGCAUAUUGAGGUUUUGUUGAAUCCCAUCAUCCAGUGCAAUAGCUGUCUGUCUCAGUCUUGCACCAUCCGCCAGUCUGCCGAGGGUGCUUUCUAUACCUUCCUCUGAUUAAAAAAGUAUCCGCCAGUCACAAAAGGGCCAUGGGUAUAUUCCCAUGGCCUUCCACCUUCCCCAUUCUCUAAGCCCUCAUAACUCAUCCGGGCCCAGAUCUGUCCAAUUAUACCUCCAUCCAGCCCACACGGCUGAGCUGGAGAGCGUAACUCAUUUAAUGCUCUGCUGGCACCUAAACACUCCAUUUCUUUGGCAUUCCUAUGGCAUAAACUGGGUACUGGUGCCAAAAAAAAGUAAAUGAGACGAGUCCGGCAUGACCUGCUUAUAGUGAAGCCCUGGUUCACAAGCCGUCUCUAGGAUUGUAUUACAGAGUGUUGCCGGGAAGGCCCUUCUUCUUCUGCUUCUUUUAAAAGAUUUAUUUAAUAUUUUUUUCCAUCCAUCUCCUCUCCCCCUUCCAGCCGUGAAGGCAUAAAAAGAUAAAAAAAAACCCUCCUAACAAACAUACAUAGUUCAGUAAAACAGAUUCCUACUUCAACCAUGUCUAAAAAUUAAAGGUCUCAUUCCUCCCCAAGUCCAUCACCUCUUUGUCAGGCAGUGGGCAGCGUCAGCCCUCCAGAAUCAUGGGGGAUCAUUGUGUGGGUGAGUUUUUAAGUUUGUCUGCGCCUGACUAUUUUGUGCCUUCAGCGUCCAGCGUCAGAUUUUGGUAUUCCCGGGCCUUCGGUUCACCCCGUCACGACCACACCAACAUAAUCGUGCCAAAAGCAGCAUUGGUCUGUAGUCAGGUUUUAAAACUGUUGACCCUCCAAUAUUCAGAGUGGAAAUUCCACAGAAUAUGCCAGGAUGUCUUGUUAUUACUGAGUUAGCUGAUGAAUGGAUGUGCUUGAACUGAGUCGAUUUUUUUUUAAGUGAGGUUAAGUGAGUUGCCCAGGGUCACACAGCUAGGAAGUAUUAAGUGUCAGAUCAAAUUUGAACUCAGGACCUCCAGACUUCAGGGCUGGUGCUGUUAUCUACUGCGCCACCGAGCUGCCCCAGACAAUUGUUUUUAAGGAUAGUGUAAAUGAUUCUCUUUCUCCAUCUUUUUCCGCCUUCUCCCUUGCUGUUGCUAAAGAAAGCAACACACUUAGAUUCAGUGACUUUUAAGAAUUUUAAAACCAAUAACCUUCCCACAAAGAUGUUUUUGGGCCAGUUAGAACAUUUUUCUCCCUGAUUCAUGGAAAGACUCCAUUUGCAUGUUCUACCCUGCAAAAUGGGGCUUUGAGCCAUGAAGGCAAGAACCAGCUUUGGAAGGGUCAGGUUAUAGGCAAGAUCUUUAGCUUUGAAAGAACUUGAUAUAAUUUAUAUUUUCCAGACCACAAUUUAUUUUUAGUAUUUGUCACUGAAUCAUAUAUACGCUGCAGUAUCUCGGGAGAAGCUCAGAUAGACAUUGACUCCCCGGCGAUAGCGUUGUUGCGAUCACUGAUAAUAUUGAAUUAUUGCCAUCUUGGGAAGCAGGACUGGGUGUUUCCAUUCUUCAUGACAGUGUUAGGUGGGAAAACCAGCAGAAAAGAGAAAGAUCCAGAGUAAUAAGAGAACCGUCUUUCCUCCCCUGGGACUGGCCCCGAACAAGAGAGAAGAAGAAGAGGAGACAGACUUUCUCGUCUCCCAUGUGCAAGGAAUACAGCUGUUUAAGUCGUAAACUCCUGGGGAGAAGAGUCUGUGUCCAAGUGCUCCCUAAUGUAAACGAUCAUCCCAGGCUUUGUGCAGGCAGCUGGUAGCCUCCAGUUACAGGAACGUGCUUAUCUCUUCUCCAGCAUCCAAUCUGGGACCGUGUGCAGCUGCUAGGAUAGGCUCAAGUUGCCUGAUGAAAAGCAACAGGUUUCCUCUGUAAAGAGCUAUAUUUGAUUGAAAGAGAUCCACUCCCUCCCCCUCCUGCUGGCCUCCAGAAUCAGUUUUGCUGCCCUGCUUGUCUGCAAGAUGGAAUAUCUUCUGUCUUCUCCAAAUCCAAGGAUGCUUCAUGAAACACACACUGACAAAGGGACAGUUCCUAUCAAAGUUUCACACAAAGCAAACGACUG